GUUGGUAGCGCGAUGUCGGACUGUAUUUUGAGAAUGGUCUUCCAUUUUCUUUCCUGUUGAGUUGCAUGAGAAAAAGUAAAGAUGGGUCGGUACUCUCGUGAACCUGAUAAUGCAACUAAAUCCUGCAAGGCCAGAGGCUCAAAUCUGCGUGUUCAUUUUAAGAAUACCCAUGAGACCGCAAUGGCAAUCAAAAAAAUGCAAUUGCGCCGUGCCGUAAGGUACUUGAAAAAUGUUAUUGAACAAAAAGAGUGCAUUCCAUUCAGACGGUUCAAUGGAGGUGUAGGCCGUUGCGCUCAAGCCAAACAAUUUGGAACAACACAAGGCCGUUGGCCCAAAAAGUCUGCUGAAUUUCUGCUCCAAUUAUUAAGAAAUGCAGAAUCAAACGCUGACUACAAAGGAUUAGAUGUAGACAGGCUUCACAUUGACCAUAUUCAAGUAAACAGAGCCCCAUGCUUGAGGCGUAGAACAUACCGUGCUCACGGUAGAAUCAAUCCUUACAUGUCAUCUCCAUGCCACAUCGAAGUAUGUUUGGUGGAGAAGGAAGAGGCUGUGGCUAAGGCUCCUGAAGAGGAACCCGCCAAGAAGAAGCUCUCCAAAAAGAAGUUGGCCAGACAGAAGGAGAAAAUGAUGAGAGAAUAGAUUUGUAAUUGUUUGCGCAAAUAAAAAAUGAUGAAAAUGCAA